AUGGGAAACAAAGACCCAAAGUUGAUCAACUAUCGAGAGCUAGUUCUGGAUUUAAUUAGGGUGUUUGAUGAUAUUACUUUCUAUUAUCUCCCGCGGGAUGAAAAUCAGAUGGCUGACGCCUUGGUCACGUUAGCUUUUUUGAUAAGAGUAAAUCAGCAGGAGGACAUGAAGCCAAUUCAGAUGAGUAUUUGUAAGGCUCCAGCUCAUUACUGCAAUAUUGAUGAAGAAGAGGAGAGAGACGAUUGUUCUUGGUAUAAUGAUAUUUUACGAUAUGUGAAGAAUCGUGAAUACCCUAAUCAGGCAACAGGAAAUGAUAAGAGAAUGUUGAGGAGGCUGGCUAGCGACUAUGUCUUAGACGGGGAGAUUCUGUAUAAAAAGAGGAAAGAUCGAGUGCUGUUAAGAUGUGUUAAUGCUGUUGAAGCUAAAAAAAUCUUGAAAGAAGUCCAUGAAGGUGUCUGCGGGACGCAUGCUAAUGGGUUCACAAUGGCUGGGAAAAUCAUGAGGUUCGAGUAUUUCUGGUCCACAAUAGAAGAAGAUUGCAUCAGUUACUCCAAGAAAUGUCAUAAGUGUAAAAUUUAUGGAGACAAGAUCCAUGUUCCUCUUUCACCUCUUCAUGUAAAGGCUGCUUCAUACGCCAAUGUCACAAAGUCAGCGGUCAGCAAGUUCUUGAAGAAGGAGAUCAUAUGUCGAUAUGGCAUGCCAGAAAGAAUCAUAUUUGACAAGGUGUUGAAUUUGAAUAACAGUGUGAUAGUGGAAAUCUGCAGGCAAUUCAAAAUUAAACACCACAACUCGUCACCAUAUCACCCAAAAAUGAAUGGUGUGAUUGAGGCAGCCAAUAAGAAUAUCAAGAAAAUCGUGGGGAAAAUGACUGAGACUUACAAAGAUUGUCAUGAAAAGUUACCAUUUGCCCUCUAUGCCUAUCGAAUAUCUGUUAUGACUUCUACUAGGGCAACACCUUACUCAUUGGUUUAUGGGAUGGAGGCAGUUUUGCCCAUUGAAGUCGAGAUUCCUUCUCUCCGGGUUUUAUUAGAGUUGAAGCUUGACGAAGCAGAAUGGAUCCACUCCCAGAAGGAUAUUGCGUCUAUAACAGAAAUGAGCGAUGUCAACCUAAGCAUAAGGAUAUUCCUCAUUCAUGCAAAUAUCAGGAUAGGGUUUGAAGAUGAUACAAAUCUUAGGUCCCAGAAGUACAGUAAAAUGGAUCCUAAAGUUGCAAUAGGGCAAACAAUUGAGCAGAAUGGGUGUUUCUACAGGUCUUCUAUUGAAAAAUGCUGGCCUAGCAAGAAGGCAGCAUAA